UCCUUGUAUAAUCCCUUCUUCAGUGCAGCUGGUACAGUGAUGGGCGCUUUGGGCGGCAUCCAUGCAGGCUUUGUAAACGAGGAUGGUAUGUUGCAGGGGGCGCUGAUGGGUGCGAUCACGGGAGCUAUUGUCUCGGUGGAGCUUGCUAAGUCCCUCCUUGGGAUAUUUUUGUCCGAUGACUACUCUGUGGAAGCGCGGAUCAGACGGAUGGUGAGCUUUUGGCUUGAGUUCCAGCACCUCACCGCGGCCAGCCUCCUACGCGGCUCGGUGUUCGGAAGCAUAAGUAGCGCGUUAGACAACCAGAUAGAGGCACUGCAGCGCCAGUCUUACCAACGAGAGCCCGCUGGCGACCUCUUUGAGCCGAGUUACCAUGUGAUGGCCGCGCGGAGGGCUUCAGUCGACAGCCUGCCGGUUACGCAGGCCACAAAGGAAACAGUAGGACAGCAGACCACCUGCCCCAUCUGUCUUCAUGUUAGCACACUUGGCCCUCUCUCUAUCUCUCCGCUAACUGCUAGCUUCAUAUCAGAGGAGUUCCAAGCCGGUGAGAGCGCCAGGAGGCUACCUGCAUGCUGCCACGUGUUCCAUCUGGUCUGCAUCGAUAACUGGCUUAUGUGGAAAUCCGACUGCCCCGUAUGCCGCCACACUGUUUUCUAGCAAAGAGCAUCUCGAUAUAUCAAAGUGCCCCGCCGCAUAUUUAUUUUAUCUAACGUGCGAUGCGAGUAUUUACGCUUAUCUUUGCGCAGAUGUUUUUGCGCUCUCAGUACCCUUCCAUCCAAAAUAUAUGUCAUUUUAGAUAUACAUGUCCAAACAUAUAUAUGUAAGUUUGACCUUUAUUACCUCGGCCUUAUUAAAUUUUGCUUAAACGUACAAA